GCACUGCGGCAGAAUGUAACGCAGGUCGCGAACUUCAACACUUAGUGGGCUUACCCCUGAUUGAACGUAACUCGCGGUUCGCGAAGCCGACGGGAAAACCAACCUACCGCAACGUACCUUUUUAUUUGUAUGCACAGCAGAUGUUUCUUUGUGUGUUCAUGUAUUGUUUUUAUAUCUUGCAAUUCCUAUGAUGGUGUUUAUGUUACGCAACAAGUAGAAUCCAAAUACUACCAGUGAAGGAAGUGUGUUAUAUGAGGUGACAUUAACGGAGAAAUAAGUAGAAACGUCAUAAAGUGAAUUUAACCUUUACACGCUCCUUCACAUAUUGAGAUUUGAUAGGUUUGUGAAUAUAGUUUUCGAAAAUUUUGUUUUAUCAUGUCUUGGCUUGGUUCUCUGACGCCAGGAAAUGUGUUGAGAAAUUUUUUGAGUUAUGAACCGGAUCCCCAUAAGGUUUUGGAUGUAAAAUCGAAGUCAUAUAGCGAAAAAAUAAUUCACUGUCGAGAAGAUGCAAUUGUUCUAUAUGGGCCUACUCAAGAUAAAUACGAAAUAGUGUUGCAUCGACCAUGUUCAGAAACUUUGCACCAAGCCUUCAGCUUGUAUAGAACAACAGAACUUCAUGAUGCAGAAUUGACGUUUCUUCAACUAAAGGAUAAGGUUCCCCUGCUGGUUGAUAUAUCUCGUGAGGUGUGCAAUAUCAAUGGCAUACAAAAGAUGUGUGAUUUAUUGCGGGAUCAACCGUCGUGGUCAAUUGCCCACGUCGCCGCACAUUUCGCUUUAUUGGAUUGCUUCACGCAUCCUCUAGUUUUAAGCUGUCUAAAUUCAUCAGACCCUUCUACCGGUAUUUCUCCUUUGCAAGUAGCCAUCGGGACUGGUAGUCUUCGUGCAGUUCAAACACUUGUCAAUGCUCAAGCAUCUCUGGAACAUAUUGACAAAGAAGGAAAUUCAGUCUUUCAUUAUGCAGCAGAGUCUUCAAAAGAUAUUAUUAUGGCAUUGUGUGCAGAGUCAACAAAAUGCCUGAAUAUGCAAAAUUCAAUUGGAUACACUCCUUUGCAUAGAGCUUGUCUAGCUGACAAGCCGGAAUGCGUGAAGGCAUUAUUGAGGGCAGGUGCAGAUGUUAACAUUUCAGCAACAAGAUCUGCUUUGUCACCUGGAUCGUCUACUACACCUCCAGGUUAUGUCGGCGAUUUUCUUCAGGGACAUCCCAACAAACUUCAUGCUCAAGAUAUGAAGUUUGGUGGAACUCCUUUGCAUUGGUCAUGCUCCCGAGAAGUAAUAAACACCUUGAUUGACAUGGGAUGUCAUAUCAACGCCCUCAACUUCGUGGGAAGAACGGCACUUCAUAUGAUGGUUUUUCGUAAUCGUUUGGACUGUGUAGUUGCAUUACUCAGUCAUAAUGCAGAUAUAAAUGUAGCUGAUAAAGAUGGUGAUACAGCCCUUCACUUAGCUGUUAGACAUGGUACCUAUGCUCUCGUCCAAGCUCUUGUGGUAUUUGGAGCCAAUCUUAUGUACAGGAAUAAUAAAGGUGAAACUCCCAGGCAUUGCAUUUCUCCAGACGCUCGAGGGGAACGCAUUCUGUACAUUCUUCACUCUGUAGGAGCACCUCGAUGCUCGUUAACUAUGAAUGGGUGCUCAGAUGGAUGUAUUGCAAGUGAAAAGGAACAUAAUGGUACCAAAGGUGGCCGCCUACUUUGUCUGGAUGGUGGAGGAAUAAGAGGUCUUGUGCUAAUACAACUUUUGCUGGAACUGGAGAAGGAAACGGCGUGUCCAAUUGUGCACUGUUUUGAUUGGCUAGCAGGCACAAGUACUGGGGGAAUUCUUGCUCUCGGAUUAGCAUCAGGUAAAACCUUGAAGGAAUGCCUUUGUUUGUAUUUCCGUCUGAAAGAUAUUGCUUUUAUUGGAGGUCGCCCGUAUAGUAGUGAACCUCUGGAAAACAUUCUAAAGGAAACUCUGGGCACAGAUACAGUAAUGGCAGACAUAAAACAUCCAAAGUUAUUGAUAACAGGUGUUUUAGCUGAUCGUAAGCCUGUGGCCCUACAUUUAUUCAGAAAUUAUGAAUCUCCUGCUGCACUGCUGAAAGUGGAUACAGCUGCUACAUUCAAGCCCCCACCAAAGCCUCACGAACAACUAAUUUGGCGAGCUGCUAGGGCGACUGGUGCCGCUCCCUCAUACUUCAGAGCAUUUGGUCGCUUUCUGGACGGCGGAUUGAUAGCCAAUAACCCUACUUUAGACGCCUUAACAGAAAUCCAUGAAUAUAAUUUGGCUCUUGAGGCUUGUGGACGAAGUCGUGAAGCACGUGCUCCUACAGUAGUUGUUUCAUUGGGUACUGGAAUGAUUCCUGUGAGUCAGUUACGAGAAAUUGAUGUAUUUCGUCCUGAAAGUCUUUGGGACACUGCAAGAUUAGCUAUUGGAAUAUCGGCCCUUGGAACGCUUUUGGUUGAUCAGGCUACAGCAAGUGAUGGUCGCGUUGUUGAUCGUGCACGUGCGUGGUGCUCUAUGAUCGGAGUUCCAUACUACAGAUUUUCACCGCAAAUGUCUGAAGAAAUUGGAAUGGAUGAAAAGAGUGAUGAAAAACUUGUUAAUAUGAUGUGGGAAUCGAAAGCAUAUAUGCAUUCGCAUCGAUGUAUUCUUCAAGAACUGGCGACUCUCUUAACGAGUCAUUCCAGUCGUUAGUUCUACCGCUAAAAGUAACACCUAAAAUUAAAACAAAAAUAGUAUUACUCCAGUGAGAUUUGUUCUUCUGUUCUGUAAUGGUAAACAUAUAAAUUUGUUAUUUAUCUUAAGGAUAUACAUAUCUCAAAAGUUUGUAACCCCAAAUGUAGAUAGCAUUUUCAAUGUGAUAAAAUGUCCGACAUUUUUGUAAUGUAAUAUGACCCUUAUGUUAUUACCUACAAUGUAAAUAAAAUCAUCGUGGAUAUAUCAU